GGCUCGGGCUCAGUCUACUUGCGAGUUGCCCCGCGCCCGGCCGUCCGCUCGCUGCCUGCCUCAGUGCCCCGAUCCGCGUCGACGCGUCGUGCCAUGCCGUUGACCCACCGCCACCGCCUCACCCUUCCCCGCCCGCCAUGUCAUUCCGAUUAGCUCUCCCGCUUUUCCUUCGGGAUUUUCCCGUCAUUCCCGCCCGCCAAUUGAGCCGGAACUAAGUGCGUUAAUUAGCCCGGAUUCGAGUACGCAACUCCGCGUCGCCAGUGUUCCGGUGUCCAGUGUCCGCCUCGCUGCUGCCCUUUUAUGGAUCCUGGUGAAAAUUCAACGAGAAUGCUCCGCUCCGUCGUGGAUUAGAGACGACGCGGCUCAAUUUCGCCUUGAUUUAUUUUGUGCUCGUGCGCCGAGUGUUUUCUGUGGCAAUUAUGUGAUGCAAACAUGACAUCAGAGUGAUCUGCUUUUCCUCAGACCCGCAUGCUUUUAACCAAGUGCUAAAUGAUGUAUUCUCGGUGUGGAGUGGUGACUGUGUUAUGAGUUGAUUCGCUCCAUGAUGCAGCCUUCUAUUUUCCAGUCGUCGCUAACAUAUAUGCGGGCGGAACUAUUAUGAUAGUCCUGCUAUUUCUGGCCUUGGUGAUGGGGAGCUACGGCCGUGGUUCGGGCGUGGGCGGCGGUGGUGGCGGGACAAGGGUGAGCGUGGCGGUGCCGCCGCCGCCGCCCCCGCCCCCNGCCCCACACCUACCCCGCGGACUGCCAUGUGGACAACACGGACACGCCGAAGGAGCUCACCUGCCGCGCCCUCGGGCUUCCCGCCGUUCCCGUCGGCCUCCCUCCUACCCUCAUCAAACUAGAUUUAGCAGUAAACAACAUCACAGAACUGACUGAAACCUCCUUCAUGUUCCUUAAAGACCUCGAAGAAGUAAUCCUCGCGGACAAUAAACUAGUGCACAUCCACCCCAGAACUUUUCUUUACAACGGCAGAUUAAAAAGACUAUCUCUUCAAAAUUGUGGCUUAGCUACACUACCUACUGAUGCAUUGCGACCUUUAAGCCAUCUAGCCUCGCUACAACUCGAUCAAAACCACAUCGAGUCGUUAGAAGCCAACUCAUUUGAACAGUUUUCACAAUUGCGGAAUCUACGUUUGGAUGGCAACAACUUUCGUCAAGUCCCCACCGACGCCUUAGCUCCACUUUCAGCUUUAGAGGCACUAAAUUUAGGAAAUAACAAAUUGAAACAAAUUCCAGUCAAUGCAUUCCGUGGCCUUCGCAGUUUAGUCAUAUUAUUAAUCAAAAGGAACCAGAUCUCUAUUAUUGAGGAUGCUGCAUUUGUUAACCUGACAUCUUUAAGAAUCUUAGAAUUAGACGAUAAUGCGUUGGUGCAAGUUCCGUCAGCUCUUAGUAAAUUAACUUCCUUACAAGAAUUGUCUGUAUCAGGCAAUAAAAUAAAAUAUAUUCCAAACGGUGUUUUGCAGAAUGCUCAAGGGCUAGCGAAGCUGGAACUUAAAGGCAAUCCUUUAAUCGGCGUUCAUCCGCACGCAUUUUCUUUCUUACCAAAGUUAAGAAAGUUAAUCCUAUCAGAAGCACGGGAUUUGAAAGAGUUUCCUAGCUUGAACGGCACUAAAGCUUUAGAAAUUUUAAGAAUAGAUCGCGCAAGUAUUACUACAGUUCCUGUAUCAUUAUGCACCAUGUGUCCUCGACUGAAAAGUUUAGAUAUGAAGUCCAACAACUUAUCUCAUAUUCCAAACUUAAAUGAAUGCAAGGAUUUAAGAGUUUUGGAUCUAGCAAAAAACAAAAUUAAAGAAAUUUCAGAAAAUGCUUUCCAUGGUCUCUCCAAGCUGCAUGAUCUACUUUUAUCAAAAAAUUUCAUUUCAGCCAUCGGCAAAGACGCUUUCUUCGGUCUUGUCAGAUUGCAAGUCCUAGAUUUAGAAGCCAAUCAGAUUAAUGACAUUCAUCCGGAAGCUUUUUUAGGAUUAACGCACCUAGAAGAUUUGAAUCUAGGUAACAACAUUUUUAACGAACUGCCCACGGCAGGACUGGAAAGGCUCCUGCAUUUGAAAACAUUUAACAAUCCGAAUUUGCGAGAGUUUCCUGCUCCGGAGAAUUUUCCGCGAAUUCAAACUCUAGUCUUAUCCUAUGCAUACCACUGCUGUGCAUUUCUUCCACUAAUAUCCGCCAAUCCUCACCCAAAGGCUCCUUUGCACGAGUCGGUUAUCUUUCCCAGUGACAACGAGUUUGAUAUGACUUUGUGGAACUCCAGCCUCACCGAUAUCUGGCCCCAACUCCAAAACCUAAGCAAAAAAUUUGGCACGCAAAUCAACGAACUAUGGGAUACUUUUGGCUCAGAUUUUACGUAUCCAGGGAACUUACCGGCAUACAUAGAAGAAUAUUUCGAAGAACAAGAAAGCAAACAGCAUCAUUUUGAGGGUCCAACCGGAAAAAUUCAAUGUUUGCCCCUACCAGGACCUUUCUUACCGUGUCAAGAUUUGUUUGAUUGGUGGACUCUUCGAUGCGGAGUGUGGGUGGUUUUCCUUCUGGCUAUGUUGGGAAACGGCACGGUAGUCAUCGUUCAUUGUUCUUCAAGAUCAAAGAUGGAUGUGCAGCGUUUCUUGGUCUGCAACCUGGCGGCAGCGGAUUUUUGUAUGGGUGCCUAUCUAGGCAUUUUAGCUUUUGUGGACGCGAGCACAUUGGGUGAAUUCAGGAAAUACGCGAUUCCAUUCCAAUUAUCAUGGUGGUGUCGCGGCGGAGGCUUCCUGGCAGUUCUCAGCUCGGAACUAUCCGUGUACACUCUGGCACUUAUCACCCUGGAACGGAACUACGCCAUCACCCAUGCCAUGCACUUGAACAAGCGUCUAUCCCUGAAACACGCCUGGUACUUAAUGACCUGUGGCUGGUCCUUCUCAGUCCUAAUGGCCGCCCUGCCUAUUUUCGGCAUCUCCGAUUACCGGAAAUUCGCCACGUGUCUUCCUUUCGAAGUCACCACCGGUCCCGAGUCCCUGGCUUACGUUGUAUUCCUCAUGUUCUUUAACGGCGUAGCCUUCCUUAUCCUCAUGGGCUGCUACCUGAAGAUGUACUGCGCCAUACGAGGCUCGCAGGCCUGGAAUUCAAACGAAUCUCGAAUCGCCAAGAGAAUGUCGCUCUUAGUUUUUACCGACUUCCUCUGUUGGUCCCCGAUAGCUUUCUUCUCGCUAACCGCCAUCUUUGGACUCCAACUCGUGACUUUGGAGCAAGCCAAAGUUUUCACCGUCUUCGUUUUACCUCUCAACUCCUGCUGCAAUCCAUUCCUCUACGCUAUUCUGACCAAACAAUUCAAAAAGGACUGCGUGCUAAUAUGCAAGGGGAUCGAAGAGUCCCGCGUGACGCGAGGUAUUGGUCGGUGUCGGCACAGCUCGAAUUUUAGCAACCGACAAACGCCGGCCAACACCAAUAGUCUAGUGGACAGGUCCUCACGCGAUCACUACCCACAUAUUCACCAACCUUGUAGUUGUAACGUUAGGCUUCUAGGUGAUAAGUCUUCCUCGCAGCCUCUGGGUAGCCGCCACUGGCUCUUCCAGAAGCUCCGGUGGAUCUUCUGCUUCAGCCGGGAGUCCAACGUCAAGCACAUCACAAGAUCGGAUCAGUAUGCGUACCAGAUCGCGGAGAUCCAACAGAAGCAGCAUAAACGAGCUUCUUCCGUCUCGUCGAGCGAUAAUUUCAGCUCAUCGCGUUCGGACUCCUGGAGGCAGAACCACCAUCAUUGCGGGAUACCCAUGCGACUCCUGGAUCCCAAACGGAGAGCAUCUAGUUGGAUCGUUACAAGGAAAACGUCGCAAGACUCAAACUUAUCCAGCUCGAGAAACGAUAGUUCGGGCUCGGCUAAUACGGCCAGCACGAGUGUUUCCAGGGUCUCGAGAUCGAGCACGUCAAGUGAGGCUCGAUCCAAGCCUCGGUUGACGCGACAGAGUGCCAUUGUUGAUGAUCCCGAACUACCCAAUUCCCCAGCUCGACUCACCGUCAGGUUCCUUACGACGAUACCUUCGGCUGCCGAGACGAGCAUGCAGAUGGAAGAGGACGGUGUUCCCUGCUACGCGAUCCUCCACACAACACCCGAGCUCUCCCAGGGUGCUGCAAACAAUGCUAGUCAGAACGAAACCGCACGCAUCCUCUCCAGAUCCAAGCAAGAGCUCUCGCCGUCCGAUCGUAGGUCGCCGUCUUGAAGUACGUUCCGUUGCUGCGCUUUAAGUUAAUUCAUGUUCGUGUCAUUACUAUGUUUAAGAAUUCAAUGAAAUUGGCUGUGUUUUUUAUAUUGUACAAAUCUCUGAAACAAUAAGUAAGUUAUUUUUUUUGAAGUGAUUUGCCGUUUCGACCACGCUAGUUGUCGGAGAGGUGAUUCCUUUUGUUAAACGAUUGUUUUUCUUUCUUUCUGUCAUUCUAUUCUUUCAUUUUUAGCAUAUGAAUAAAAGACUGUAUUGUAAUUAUAAUGUUGACCAUUUUAGCUCUCUAUUUUCACGAGUAAAAAUAAAUUAUAUUCAAAAGUAAUAAGUUGCACACUCGUAAAUUAUUAUCCAUCUUCAGUGAUUUGCAACGGCUACUCGACUCCUCGUGACAUAUCUAUGGCUAAAGUCAGAAACGACGAAUCUCCAUUGCGGUGUUUCAAAAUUUCUUUUUCUAUUUUAUUUGUCGAAGAAUAAAUAAUCAACCUUACAGCUUGAACUUUAAACAGAAUAUCCUGUCAUCAGAGAAGAAUAAUCAAUUAAGUUUUGGGUGAAUUGCGUUGAUUAGUUUUUCAAAGAAACUAUGAAGUAUGACAGGGAGUCUGUAACGUCGCAAGCGGAGACUCAUGGUUUCGCACUUUGGCCAUCGAUAUUUGAAGUAAAAUAAUCGAUAAGGGAGGAAAAACAGUAGGUAAUUAAAAAAGGGUUUAUUAAAGAAACUGAUAUGAUAUCAUUAGGCGAUUCAGUAGUUAUUUUGAAAGGUGGAGGGGGGGGGAGGGUAACAACGAAGGAAAACAUUUUGGGGUACAACAAAUAGGAUUCUGAGGUAUCGUGAAUGAUCCUUGAAGAGAUAAAGGCCAGCUUUUCAGUAGAAUAGUGAACCUAAACCCUGUAGGUCCCAACACAAGAGUUCAAGAGAACAUUACUCAAAAGCUAGGUAGGAACUGGCUCUUACUGAAGUUUCGUUCUUACAAGUCAAUAAAAGAUUUUGACUUCAAUUUAAUCUAACUUCAAUACAAAGUUUUAACAUUCGUAUCCUGUGAAUUUCAAAUAACCUAGUAGAUGGUAUGACAAUGCGUCAAAAUCUGAGACUAAUAGAAUCACUAAUUUAAUUCUGUUACAGGCCUAGCCAGUCAAAGAAUGGUAUUUUUCCACAGGAUAAUCCCAUAAAUGUAACCUCGUAAAAUUUUGGAUGAAAUUUAUCAUAUUCAUUAUGUUUCAACAUUUUUGUAUUUAAGUUUGAGCUCUCUAGGUAUUUUUAAAUCAUCAUUUUAUGAUAUUUUUUUAUUGUUAUAUAUUUCUGUUAAAAAUGCAAAUAUGAACAAAAGAGGUGGCUUCAUAUGUAAACAUUUUUGUCAAAUAUCAGAUGACCCAAUCCCACUUAGUUUAUAUAUUAACAAGGUGUAUAGGUGCAUGAAAACUGAUUUAAUGGUAUGCUAAAAAAUCAAUACAGUAUGUUUACGUAUACCUUUUUUCAGAUGAUUUUUUUUCUCGGUGUUGAAAAAAAUUACAAUAGUGCAGUUUCAUAGAAUUUCCCUGAGUUUCAAAAUACUGAACAUUCAACGAUCAGCAAUAAUGUAAUUAUGAAUGGUUAAAAUUUUAAUUUUUGAAGUUUUCUCCCGCUCAUCUAUCCAAGUGAGGAGAAAUCAUCCCCUUAUCCUUAAAUUAGCGCAAGUUCUCAGCCCAGAGAAAAGGACAGAGCGCUUUCAGACUGUAGGAAGAAAAAUUCCCUGACAUUUUUUGUUUGUUCUUACUUUAAAUUAAAACAUGCUCAAACAGUAAAGAAUAGGCAAUUCAUCUAAUUUUAAAAUUGAUUCCAAAGUUUUACCUGUCACAAUAAUUCUUUGCUGCACAAUCAUGAGCUUGAUAAAGAGCGCACACGAAUGGAGUCUUUACAAACUACCGUAUACUAAAGAAAAGUGACAUAUAAACACUGGAAUGUUCCCAAAUACCCCCUGAUGAAAUAUUGAUUUGGAAGAAAGCUAUGUUUAUUUUUCCUCGAAAUUUUCAUCUAUUUGAAGUUACGAACAAAAUUUUCAGAAAAAUUUGAAGAGAAACAUUCACACUUUUCCCAAUAAAUUUGUAUUUUGUCGAAAAAAAUUGGCAACGCAUGAAAGGUCAUAUGGCGUAAUCCAUAGCAGGCAAGACCUCUCUUGAUAUUUCUGGAGAACACAUUUUCCUCUUACUUUUUCUAGUUUCCACAGUUUUUUCGGUCCUAUAGUUGACAGUCAGGUUUUUAAUUCACGCUGCCCUUAUUUUAAGAAGACAAUAGAAAGUAAUUUCCUGUAAUUUUUUGCUCUUUUAUUUAUGCAUACCUGUACGUAAUUUAAUAUCUGACUUCCAAGAGGCCGAGUUUAGGAUUCCUGCUGUUUUGAAUUCGAUUGUAAUUUAUUCUGAAAUUUCCUCAGCAUUUUUAUAGCUAAGCGCGUCGAAUUUUAUCCGUAAUUCAUUUUAUUUUUACCUUUAGAAAUAUGAAGGACAAUACCAUUAACAAUCAUGAUUUUAAUUUCACGAUUGCCGUUAUUAGCGAUUCAGAAUAUGUAGGUACUCAUUAUUUUUAAAGUAGAUAAAGUAAAUUCAGAUAUUUUUUUACAAGAGCAGACGGAAAAAUUUUGUUGUGUAUAUUGUCGUGCUGAGAAAAAGCGUUGUAUGAAAAACCAAAUUUUGCCAAAUUGCUUUACGUGAAGCAAUAUUUUUGAGGAAAUUUACAAAUAUUUGUCUCUGCAUUUUUCAGAUACUGUAGAAUAAAUUCAAAGAAAUGCUCUAAAACAUUGGGUGAAAAAUGUUGGUAAGAUUUCCUACAAUUUGCAUUUUAUCAAAAGAAUUUUGACAAUGUCCGAAAGCUCAUUCGACGUUUUCUGUAUCCCAGUAGGAUACGUGUACAACCGCAUGUAAAGUCACAAUACAGUGAACUUCAAAGAUUUAUUACAAGAUUUGCGAUGAUAUAGUUUACUUCGUUUUCGAAGGGUCGAUCGUAGCAUGUAGAGUCGGCUCAUCUCAAUUCGUUGACGAUAAGAUAUUUUCAAAUCAGUGGUGACUGUGCCUCAGCGGCUUCAGCUGAUACAAUUAGGUACUCAAGAUGCUAUUCCUUUUUUUUUUACUCUCAGAAAAAUGUUUACUUGUAUAUGUUCCUAUACAUGUCAUUUUGAAUGUGUCACAAUAUUUACGAAUCAGAUAUAUCUGUGAAUAAUAUGUACUGGCAACACACUGCCCAACAUUUUUUUUUUUUAUAUUAGGUAUAAAGAUAAAUUGAAUUGAUGCAGUUUCCAAAUCUGUCCUCUUGAUCAUGACCUUUAACUUCAGGCUAAAAUAUUUCAAAUAUACGUAAUUCAUUGAAAAUGCUAGAAAAGCCACACGCAUAAAUACUGCAGUGCUAAGGAAUAAAGCUGUAUGAGCAUCCAGACACUGCCAAAUUUCUUUCGAUAAAGUGCCGUCUCUUAAGAACAAUUGAGGCCGUCGUUUUUAGUCUCAAUGUUUCCGAGAAUGAAGUUUGCAAUUGAAUCCUCAAUAGGUAUCUGAAAGUUUCCUCAAAAAGAAAAAUUUUACGGAAGGUAGGGGCAGCAUUUGGAUAAUCAAACAGCAGUUUUAUUAGCGAGGCAGAGGAACUCUUGCUUAUUUUUCUCGGAAAACUGAAGCAUAACAUUUUAAUUAGAAUCCAACCAAACUCAGUAAUGCCAACUAAAAAGAAGAAUAAAAAGAAAAAAUGGAGGAGUGUCAUUGUUGCCGUCUUUCAGAGUAAUAUCCAUAGUACUGUUUGCAGGAGGUGUUUUGAAUUGUGAUACUUGUUCCUAGCCAAUUACUUAAUUUUUAAUGAUCGUGAUGUUAAAAAUAUAUGUACCUAUAGCCUCUACUGUGAGAAAUCUCUUUCUUAUGAAAGAUAUUUUCAUUUCAGGAUAAGAAAACGGAAGUAAAACCACCCUGAAGAACGUAAAAACUUGUAUAAAAUGAAACUAUUUGUACAAUCUAUAUGAUGCUACAAACGUCAAUAAAAUUAAUAUAAAAGGGA